AUGAACUCCUCUUUGGUUGGCAACCAGAGUGGCCGGCCCUUCUGUCUCCUGGCCAUUAGCUAUUUGGAGACCAUCAAUUUUUGCCUCCUGGAAGUUGUUAUUAUUGUGUUCCUCAUGGUGCUGAUUAUUUCGGGCAACAUUAUUGUGAUAUUUGUCUUUCACUGUGCACCUCUGCUGAACCACCACACCACCAGCUACUUCAUCCAGACUAUGGCGUAUGCUGACCUCCUGGUGGGUGUGAGCUGUCUGGUGCCUUCUUUGUCUCUGCUGCACUAUCCUAUUGUUUUAAGUGAGUCCUUGGUUUGCCAAAUCUUUGGUUAUGUGGUAUCAGUGCUGAAGAGCGUCUCCAUGGCCUCCCUGGCCUGCAUCAGCAUUGACAGGUACAUUGCCAUCACGAAGCCCCUGACCUACAACACGCUGGUUACCCCGUGGAGGCUGCGAAUCUGCAUAUUGACCAUUUGGCUCUACUCCUGCCUGGUCUUCUUACCCUCCUUUCACUGGGGAAAGCCUGGAUAUCACGGGGAUGUGUUCCAGUGGUGUGCCAAUUCCUGGAACACCGAUCCCUAUUUCACCCUCUUCAUUGUGGUGAUGCUCUACGCCCCGGCCGCUUUCAUCGUCUGCUUCACCUACUUCAACAUCUUCCGCAUCUGCCAGCAGCACACCAAGGAGAUCAACGAGCGGCGGGUGCGCUUCAGCUCGCAGGACGGGGAGGCUGGGGAGGCGCAGCCCUGCCCGGACAAGCGCUAUGCCAUGGUCCUGUUCCGCAUCACCAGCGUCUUCUACAUCCUGUGGCUGCCCUACAUCAUCUAUUUCCUGCUGGAGAGCUCCAAUGUCUACAGUAACCGUGUCGCGUCCUUCUUGACCACUUGGCUUGCCAUCAGCAACAGUUUCUGCAACUGUGUCAUUUACAGUCUCUCCAACAGUGUCUUUCAGAAGGGGCUGAAGCGUCUCUCGGGGGCCAUCUGUGCCUCGUGUGCUAGACAGAGGGUAGCUAAGGACUCCUCUACCUCUAGGAGCAAAAGAUCUUCCAAUGGAUGUCAUGUCUAGGACGCCUGUCAGCUGGACUGGGAAGUGCAGGGACAG